CCGGGCGGUUCCCUUCCUCUCCUCGAUGUGAGCAGCUGCUGCCCGACGAAGGCGGCCCGGGGACGUGGAGCCGGGGGCCGGCCGGGACCAUGGGGCCGCGCCUCGUCUUCCUCUUCGGCUUGGCUCCUCUCGUGCUGGCGCCGCGACCUCCCGACGGCCCUGCGGGCUUCGGCUCCCGCCCGCGGCUCGAGAAGCUUGAUUCUUUGCUCUCAGACUACGAUAUCCUCUCUUUAUCUAACAUCCAGCAGCACUCAGUAAGGAAAAGGGAUCUACAGGCCUCGACACAUUUAGAGACACUGCUAACUUUUUCAGCUUUGAAAAGGCAUUUUAAGUUGUAUCUGACAUCAAGUACUGAACGCUUUUCUCAGAAUUUCAAAGUCGUGGUGGUGGAUGGUAAAGACGAAAGCGAAUACACUGUAAAGUGGCAGGACUUCUUCAGUGGACAUGUGGUUGGUGAGCCUGACUCUAGGGUUCUAGCCCACAUAGGAGAUGAUGAUGUUACCAUAAGAAUCAACACAGAUGGGGCAGAGUAUAACGUAGAGCCACUUUGGAGAUUUGUCAAUAAUACUAAAGACAAAAGAAUGCUAGUUUAUAAGUCUGAAGAUAUCAAGAAUGUUUCACGUUUGCAAUCUCCAAAAGUGUGUGGUUAUUUAAAAGUGGAUGAUGAAGAGUUGCUGCCAGAGGGGCUCAUAGACAGAGAACCCCCUAAAGAGUUUGUUCACCGUGUGAAGAGAAGAGCUGAUCCUAAUCCCAUGAAGAACACGUGUAAAUUACUGGUGGUAGCAGAUCAUCGCUUUUAUAAGUACAUGGGCAGAGGGGAAGAGAGCACCACUACCAAUUACUUAAUAGAACUAAUUGACAGAGUUGAUGACAUAUACCGGAAUACUUCGUGGGAUAAUGCAGACUUUAAAGGCUAUGGAAUACAGAUAGAACAGAUUCGCAUUCUCAAGUCUCCACAAGAAGUAAAACCUGGUGAAAAGCACUACAAUAUGGCAAAAAGUCACCCACAUGAAGAAAAGGAUGCUUGGGAUGUGAAGAUGUUACUAGAGCAAUUUAGCUUUGAUAUAGCUGAGGAGGCGUCUAAGGUCUGCCUGGCACAUCUCUUCACCUAUCAAGACUUUGACAUGGGAACUCUUGGAUUAGCUUACGUUGGCUCUCCCAGAGCAAACAGUCAUGGAGGGGUUUGUCCAAAGGCUUAUUAUAGUCCAGUUGGGAAGAAGAACAUCUUUUUGAAUAGUGGUUUAACCAGCACGAAAAAUUAUGGUAAAACCAUCCUUACAAAGGAAGCUGACUUGGUCACGACUCAUGAACUGGGACACAAUUUUGGAGCAGAACAUGACCCUGAUGGGCUAGCAGAGUGCGCCCCAGAUGAAGACCAGGGAGGAAAAUAUGUCAUGUACCCCAUAGCUGUGAGCGGUGAUCACGAGAACAAUAAGAUGUUUUCAAACUGCAGUAAACAGUCCAUCUAUAAGACCAUUGAGAGUAAGGCUCAGGAGUGUUUUCAAGAACGAAGCAACAAGGUGUGUGGGAACUCCAGAGUGGAUGAAGGAGAGGAGUGUGACCCUGGCAUUAUGUACCUGAACAAUGACACCUGCUGUAGCAGCGACUGCAAGUUGAAGCCAGGGGUGCAGUGCAGUGACAGGAACAGUCCUUGCUGUAAAAAUUGUCAGUUUGAGACUGCCCAGAAGAAGUGCCAGGAAGCUAUCAAUGCUAUCUGCAAAGGCGUGUCUUACUGCACGGGAAAUAGCAGUGAGUGCCCCCCACCAGGAAAUGCUGACGAUGACACGGUGUGCUUGGAUCUUGGCAAGUGCAAGGAUGGCAAAUGCAUCCCGUUCUGUGAGAGGGAGCAGCAGCUGGAGUCCUGUGCGUGCAGUGAAGCCGACAAGUCGUGCAAGGUGUGCUGCAGGGACCUUGCUGGCCGCUGUGUACCCUAUGUUGAUGCAGAACAGAGAAACCUGUUCUUAAGGAAAGGGAAGCCCUGCACAGAAGGAUUUUGUGACAUGACUGGCAAGUGUGAAAAACGAGUACAGGAUGUAAUUGAGCGCUUUUGGGAUUUCAUUGACAAGUUGAGCAUCAAUACUUUCGGAAAGUUUUUGGCAGACAAUAUUGUAGGAUCCGUCCUUGUUUUCUCUCUGAUAUUUUGGAUUCCUUUCAGCAUUCUUGUCCACUGUGUGGAUAAGAAAUUGGAUAAGCAGUACGAAUCCCUGUCUCUCUUUCACCACAGUAACGUUGAAAUGCUAAGCAGCAUGGAUUCAGCAUCAGUUCGUAUUAUCAAGCCCUUUCCUGCACCCCAGACUCCCGGGCGCCUACAGCCCCUACAAGCAGCCCCCAUCAUGCCCCCAGUGUCGGCUGCUCCAAAACCAGACCACCAGAGAAUGGACACCAUCCAGGAAGAUCCCAGCACAGACUCCCAUGUGGAUGAGGAUGGCUUUGAGAAGGACCCUUUCCCCAGCAGCAGUGCGGCUGCCAAGUCCUUUGAGGACCUCACACAUCACCCGGUCACCAGAAGUGAGAAGGCCGCCUCUUUUAAGCUGCAGCGCCAGAGCCGUGUGGACAGCAAGGAGACAGAGUGCUAGCGGAGGGCCCUGGCCCCCAGCCCUGCGCAGGGUUUUCAUACAGUUGACUUAAAAUCAUGGCCUGUAUUUUGUGAAGAUGGGGAGGAAUGGGAAGUGACGGAUCAGAUGCUGGUCAUGUGUUGAGCUUCCUUUGCAUAAGCCAUCCUAGGUGGGGAGGCCCUUUUCCGUUGGAAGAGGUAAGGUUAAUCUGGCUUAUUUUUGCGCUUUCAGGUUUUGGGUUCUUCUUUUUAGUAUAAAGUGUCAUUCGACCUGUGGUGAAAAAGCAGAAAAUAAGGCUGGAUUAAUUCUGAAUAUUUGCAUUUUUGUAAACUAACCUUUUUUUUUUUUUUCUAAUUGAUAACAGCACUGACUAGGAAGGUGAUGUUUUUUU